GUGUCCGGCGAUGUUCGACGGAUUUGCCUGCUGGGACCCGACGCCGGCGUCGGCUGUCGCUAAACAACGCUGUCCAGAGUUUGUCAUCGGGUUCGACCCCAGACGCUACGUGUUUAAGAGAUGCACAGAAAAUGGGACAUGGUACAUGCGUCCGGAAGAUAAAAAACCGUGGACGAAUUACAAUACUUGUGUCGACCUGGAAGACUUAGAUUUCCGGAGCAUCGUGAACGACGUAUAUGUGGCGGGCUACUCGCUCUCCGUCGCCGCACUCAUACUCUCGCUAAUCAUCUUCUUCUAUUUUCGGUCACUCCGGUGCACCAGAAUUCGUAUCCACAUGCACUUGUUCACCUCCUUCGCUCUAAACAACGUCCUGUGGAUCGUGUGGUACAAGACUGUGGUCAACGAAGUCGACGUGGUCCGGAACAAUGAGGAAUGGUGUCAAGUACUCCACAUAGUCACAAAUUACUUUAUGGUGACGAGCUACUUAUGGAUGUUUUGCGAAGGCCUACAUUUGCACAUCGCUCUAGUUGUGGUAUUCAUAAAGGACGAGGUGGCGAUGCGCGGGUUCGUGGCGCUCGGCUGGGGUCUGUCGCUCGUGGUCGUGGCAGCGUACGCGACGGCACGGUACCUCACACCCGGCGCAACAGAUCGGUGCUGGAUGGAUCAAAGCGAUACUUUCUGGAUUAUCGUGGUUCCGGUUAUAGCGUCAUUAAUCUCUUCCUUCGUAUUUCUAGUGAAUGUGGUCCGCGUGCUGCUUACCAAGUUAGCUCCCACGCCCAACCAGCAUGCUCGUCUGGCCGCGAGGAAAGCCGCCAGAGCCGCGCUUAUACUUAUACCCCUGUUCGGGUUACAUUUCGUCCUAAUUCCGCUCCACCCGUCGCCGGGCGCAGCCGGGGAGAAGGUUUACCAGGUCUUCUCUGCUUUACUCACUAGUCUACAGGGCCUGUGCGUCUCGUUCCUGUUCUGCUUCACGAACCACGACGUGAUGGUGGCCGUGCGCUCGCACGUGUCCCGCGUCGUCCGCACCAACGACGCCAUCGCGCUCACAGGUUUAACGGCGGGAGAAAGCUUGGCCAAUACGAGGGAAAACGUUGUGUAAACAAUUGGUUACAAGUGGAAACUAAUUUAAACAACGAUGUAAAUGUUAAAUAUUUAGAUAUUAAUGAUUACCUAGCCGAAGGCCAAAGGUUACGAGACAGAUUUUAAUUAUUCCACCAAGUUAGAGAUCUGCGACCCAAUUUGACACGUAAAAGUAUGAGAACGGGACGUGGCUGUUGUCCGCCGUAAUAAAUCGAUUUUGAGACGUGUCAUUUCAAUUUAUGUUUAAUCAAAACGACACUCUUGACAUAAUAAGUGUGGUUGGGCAGAUCUCGUAGGUAAUGAGAUGAACCGUAUUACUGUAUAAAAUGUAAAAA